GGAGCCCUCCGCGCCACCGCACCCCCGCCCCGCACGCCCACCGCCGGGAGGAUGGGCUGCGGGCGGCGGCGCGGCAGCCCCUGAGCUCCCCGAAGCCGCGGAAACAAAGGGACCGAGCAGCGGCAGCACCGGGCCGGGGUGGAUGCAAGCAACCAUGAAAGGCUGGGUCUCCGCCUCCUCCGCUGCUGCCAGAGAGCUGCCGGCUGCCGCUGCUCGGAGGACUACCCUGUGAAGGGGGCGGAGGAGAGGCUGGCUGGGUUCGCCGUGCAAAGGUAGAAGGUGUAAGGGAGAGGCGGAAAGAAAAUGUCUUCUUCGGUGGGGCCCCGCGGCCCUCGCCCGCCCACGGUGCCCCCCCCGAUGCAGGAGCUGCCCGACCUGAGCCACCUGACAGAGGAGGAGAGGAACAUCAUCAUGGCAGUGAUGGACCGGCAGAAAGAGGAGGAAGAAAAAGAAGAGGCCAUGCUCAAGAGGUUGCAUCAACAAUUUGAAAGCUAUAAAGAGCAAGUAAGAAAGAUAGGGGAAGAAGCUCGCCGUUACCAGGGAGAGCACAAGGAUGAUGCUCCAACAUGUGGAAUCUGUCAUAAAACAAAGUUUGCAGAUGGUUGUGGCCAUUUAUGCUCUUAUUGCCGGACCAAGUUCUGUGCUCGAUGUGGAGGCCGUGUCUCUCUGCGAUCAAACAAUGAGGACAAAGUGUACAGGAAUACUGUUCCUCCUCAUUGUGGAUCACAUUCAGAAGUACCUGUAAGAGUUAUGUGGGUAUGCAAUUUAUGUCGAAAGCAACAAGAAAUCCUAACGAAAUCUGGAGCGUGGUUUUUUGGAAGUGGACCACAGCCCUCACCCAGUCAGGACGGAACGCUGAGUGAUACGGCCACUGGCGCCAGCUCGGAUACACCGAGAGAAAAGAAAGCAAGACUUCAAGAGCGAUCGAGGUCUCAGACUCCCUUAAGUACAGCAGCUGCCUCAUCACAGGAAAUCUCUUCUUCCAGUGUGCAGCCUGACCGUAGGAAAGGAGCAGAAGUGUCGCAGCCGGCUAUGGGCCCGGACCAAAAGCAAGCUUCAAGGUCUAGAAGUGAACCUCCAAAAGAGAGGAAGAAGGCAGUAUUGGUUUCUGACCAGAAUGGCAAAGUUGCAAAGAGUGAGCGUAAGCGUGUGCCAAAAUCCUCACUUCAAAAAGAAGGACCAACAGAUGACAGGGAGCGUAAAGAGCGGCAUGAAGGUAGAAGGCUGGAGAAAGGCAAGUCACAGGAUUACCCAGACUUGCCAGAGAAACUUGAGGAAGGCAAAGUGCCUGAUGAUGAAAAACAAAGGAAGGAAGAUGAAUAUCAUACCCGUUACAGGAGUGACCCCAAUCUGGCAAGAUACCCUGUAAAACCACACCCUGAGGAGCAGCAGAUGCGCAUGCAUGCGAAAGUUUCUAAAGCACGACACGAGAGAAGACACAGUGAUGUAGCUUUGCCACACACAGAAAUGGAGGAAGCGGAGGUACCUGAGAAUAAAUUAGGAAAACGCUCACAAUUACAGGGAACUCAGGACAGAAAAUCUCUUGUGGAAACUCAGAGGUCGUACUCUAUAGACAGAACAGGUGAUGUAAGAAUUUCUGUUUCUAAACAAUUAACUAAUCAUAGCCCACCAACUCCCAGGCAUAGUCCAGUUCCUAUAGAACACGUAGAAUACAAGAACCACGAUUCCUUUAUAAAACAGAGCCGCCUUGAUCCUAGCUCUGCUAUUCUCAUGCGAAAAGCAAAGCGGGAGAAAAUGGAGACCAUGCUAAGGAAUGAUUCCCUUAGCUCUGACCAGUCGGAAUCAGUGCGGCCAUCCCCUCCAAAGCCUCAUAGAGCAAAAAGAGGCGGAAAGAAAAGGCAGAUGUCAGUUAGUAGCUCAGAGGAAGAAGGGGCAUCAACACCAGAAUAUACUAGCUGUGAAGAUGUGGAGAUAGAAAGUGAAAGUGUCAGUGAAAAAGGUGACUUGGAUUAUUACUGGCUGGAUCCUGCCACGUGGCACAGCAGGGAGACGUCCCCUAUUAGUUCGCAUCCCGUAACGUGGCAGCCUUCCAAAGAGGGAGAUCGCUUAAUUGGGCGUGUUAUUCUUAACAAGAGAACAACCAUGCCUAAAGAAUCAGGUGCAUUACUGGGGCUAAAAGUUGUUGGAGGAAAAAUGACGGAAUUAGGACGACUCGGUGCCUUCAUUACCAAAGUGAAGAAAGGUAGCUUGGCUGAUGUGGUGGGGCAUCUCAGAGCAGGGGAUGAAGUUCUAGAAUGGAACGGUAAACCCUUGCCUGGAGCUACAAAUGAAGAAGUUUACAACAUUAUUUUAGAAUCAAAAUCAGAACCUCAAGUUGAAAUCAUUGUUUCAAGGCCUAUAGGUGAUAUUCCACGGAUUCCAGAGACUUCCCACCCCCCAUUAGAGUCUAGUUCAAGUUCUUUUGAAUCUCAGAAGAUGGAAAGGCCUUCUAUUUCUGUUAUAUCUCCAACUAGCCCUGGAGCCCUACGGGAUGCACCUCAGGUCCUACCAGGGCAGCUUUCUGUUAAACUAUGGUAUGACAAAGUGGGACAUCAGUUAAUAGUAAAUGUUCUACAAGCAACAGAUUUGCCACCAAGAGUAGAUGGACGCCCCAGAAAUCCCUAUGUAAAAAUGUAUUUUCUUCCAGACAGAAGCGAUAAAAGUAAAAGAAGGACCAAAACAGUAAAGAAAAGUCUAGAGCCAAAAUGGAAUCAAACUUUUCUCUACUCACAUGUACAUCGUAGAGAUUUUAGAGAACGAAUGCUUGAAAUUACUGUAUGGGAUCAGCCAAGAGUACAAGAAGAAGAGAGUGAAUUUCUUGGAGAGAUUCUUAUAGAGCUGGAGACAGCACUUUUAGAUGAUGAACCACAUUGGUAUAAGCUACAGACUCAUGAUGAAUCUUCACUACCUCUGCCUCAGCCAUCACCAUUCAUGCCAAGAAGACAUGUUCAUGGUGGAGAAAGCACUAGCAAAAAAUUACAAAGAUCUCGGCCAAUCAGUGAUAGUGACAUCUCAGAUUUUGAUGUUGAUGAUGGUAUUGGAGUUGUUCCUCCAGUAGGUUAUAGGUCUAGUACUAGAGAAAGCAAAUCCACAACGCUAACUGUGCCAGAGCAGCAAAGAACAACAACACAUCAUCGUUCACGUUCUGUGUCUCCUCACCGUGGUGACGAUCAGGGCAGGCCCCGUUCACGUUUACCAAAUGUGCCAUUACAGAGGAGUUUAGAUGAAAUUCAUCAAAUGAGAAGAUCACGUUCUCCAACUAGACACCAUGAUGCCUCCAGAACUCCAGUUGAUUACAGAUCCAGAGAGAUGGAUAGUCAGUAUUUGUCUGAUCAAGAAAGUGAGCUUCUUAUGCUGCCCAGAGCAAAGCGAGGAAGAAGUGCAGAGUGCCUACAUACCAUCAGAAGUUCUGUUAGGCACUAUAAAACAUUACCACCCAAGAUGCCUUUACUAGAAAAUGUUACUCAUUGGAACCUAUACAGCUCAACUCUUCCUGCAUGUGCUAAGACCAAAUCCGUGAUUAGACAGGAUAUUUCACUCCUUCAUGAUUGCCUUAAUUCACGAAUAUCGAAAUUUGGAGAUGAUCUGCUGGUUAGUGAACUGCAGCCCUCCCUUGACAGGGCUAGGAGUGCUAGUACCAACUGCUUGAGACCAGAUACUAGUUUGCAUUCACCAGAACGAGAAAGGGGUAGAUGGUCCCCCUCCCUAGAGAGGAGACGACCUACUAGUCCCAGGAUUCAUAUCCAGCAUGCAUCUCCGGAGGAUGACAGAACAAGGACGCUGGAGUCUUGCAUUCCAAAACAGGACAGUGUAGACCACCUAAGUGCUAAACCUGGAGCAGCACAGAGGCAGUCCAGAAAAGUGGAAAGAUAUAGCAGCCAAAAACAAACUAGGAAAGGCCCCACAGCUGAAACGGAAAGAACACAUCAGCAAGGAAGUCCCACGCAGUCUCCUCCUGCAGACACGUCCUUCAGCAGUCGUAGGGGAAGACAGCUACCACAAGUUCCAGUAAGAAGUGGCAGUAUAGAGCAAGCAAGCUUAGUAGUGGAGGAGCGAACGAGACAGAUGAAAAUGAAAAUGCACCGUUAUAAUCAGACAUCAGGGUCUGGUUCUAGCCAAGAACAUGAGCGUGAGCAAUAUACCAAGUAUAAUAUACAAACAGAUCAGUACAGAAGUUGUGAUAACGUCUCUGCCAAAUCAUCAGAUAGUGAUGUCAGUGAUGUGUCAGCCAUUUCCCGAACCAGCAGUGCCUCUCGCCUCAGCAGCACAAGUUUUAUGUCAGAGCAAUCUGAGCGCCCUCGAGGCAGGAUCAGUACAUUUACUCCUAAAAUGCAAGGCAGACGGAUGGGGACUUCAGGGAGAAUCACUAAGAGCACAAGUGUGAGCGGAGAGAUGUAUAAGCUGGAGCACAUUGAUGGGAGUCAGUCGGACACGGCUGUCGGCAUGGUUGGAACAGGUGGGAAGAAAAGGCGUUCCAGCUUUAGUGCCAAAGUGGUGGCCAUAGUGUCUCGAAGGAGCAGAAGCACAUCUCAACUUAGUCAAACAGAGGCUGGCAGCAAGAAGCUAAAGAGCACGAUACAGAGAAGCACAGAAACAGGAAUGGCAGCAGAGAUGAGAAGUCGUAUGGUUCGACAGCCAAGUCGAGAAUCCACUGAUGGCAGCAUAAAUAGCUACAGCUCCGAGGGCAACUUAAUAUUUCCUGGAGUACGGCUGGGCGCUGACAGUCAGUUCAGUGAUUUCCUCGAUGGACUGGGACCUGCACAGUUAGUAGGCCGACAAACACUAGCAACCCCUGCCAUGGGUGACAUCCAGAUUGGAAUGGUGGAUAAAAAAGGCCAGUUAGAAGUAGAAGUCAUUAGAGCCCGUGGCCUCACACAAAAACCCGGUUCCAAAUCUACCCCAGCUCCAUAUGUCAAAGUGUAUUUACUGGAAAAUGGAGCAUGUAUAGCUAAGAAGAAGACAAGAAUUGCAAGGAAGACGCUAGAUCCUCUGUACCAACAGACACUGGUUUUUGAGGAAAGUCCACAGGGUAAAGUCCUUCAGGUAAUAGUUUGGGGAGACUACGGCCGAAUGGACCACAAAUGCUUCAUGGGAGUUGCCCAGAUCCUUCUGGAGGAACUGGAUCUGUCCAGUGUGGUAAUAGGCUGGUAUAAAUUAUUUCCACCUUCAUCACUAGUGGAUCCAACAUUGACUCCCCUGACACGUAGGGCUUCCCAGUCAUCUCUGGAAAGUUCAACUGGGCCUCCCUGCAUUAGAUCAUAGUAGCAGGUGCUGUCUAUUCAAAACAUCACCCAGGAUAACAGUUGGAACCAGACAUUCACAUGAUCAAGAAACACUGUUGGAGAGAGACAAUCACUUCUGUUUUUGCUUGUAGUAGUUAUCCAAACAUAUGUCUGUCUGUUGAGAGAUGGCUUAAAUUGACAGAACAAAGGUGUAUCACAUACAGCUAAUCUAUUAGCAGCUAUCACUGAUGCUUAUAAUGAUUAAAAAAAAAAAAAAAAAGAAAAAAAAAUGAAAGAAAGAAAGGAAAAAGAAAAAAGAGAGGGACCUUUAGAUUCGACCUAAGUCAAAGAUCAAAGAUGACCCAAACUGGAAGCUCUCACUGUGUUAACAAUGUUGUAUUUUUCACAUUUUGAGAGAGCCCUCAAGCAGUGUUACCUUCCUGGUGUUUCAGCAGUUUUUCUGUACUUGUCACUUCCACUAGUUUUUUGCCACAUGAUUAUGCUAGUUUUGUAGAAGUCCUCACAAUGCUAACAGAGACCCUUCCUUUCUUUUUCUAAACCAAACAAAAAAGGGCUGAAGUAUAUCUCUGUAAGCAUCGUUAAAGUGUUCAACAGCCACAGUUACAAUUCCAGCGAGUUCAAAUAGUUUCUCAGUUCUGGUACUUACAAGUCAUGUGGGAACCCAGAACAAAUGGCCAAUCUAAGUUACGCUCUUAAAAACAAAAAUCAUCACAGUGCCACUUUUUCUUUGUAAAAAGCAGAUACAUUUGCAUUAUAUAUAUAUAUAAAAUAACUUUUCUGUUUAUGAUGUUUUGCAUGGAAGAAUUUUGAAGAAUUCUGCAACUACUGCUGGGGACUGGUAUAAAGCAGCUUUAGUCUUAAUUUUGACAUUGACUAUGUUACUGGUAAUGCAAUUUUCCUCCUAGAAAUGGAGAGGAAAUACUUAUGUUUCUGUGUAUAAAUGUAUAUUUGACUUCCCAAAAUGUUGACCAGGAAUGAAUUGAGCAUAUGACACUUUCAGCUGUACCCAGGCUUCUCUGAUGUGUGUCGCUUCAGACGCACCUGUCUGCCCUGGAUAGAGCAUGGUAUGAGUUGUUCAGUGUUUCACUGGAAAUUCCAGUUGAAAUAUUCUGCACUUACUAAUGUUUUUAUCAAAUUUUAGUUUACAUUUCUUUGAGAUUGAUGCAAGCACAAGGCUUGAUUUUUUAACGCAAGAUAUCUUACUUUUUGGAGAAAAAAAAUCAAAUUUCAAUUUGCUUUUUAUUCAUUUGAGUUCUUCUUGGCCUUGAAAUCCCUUGUGAUAUUCUGUAAAUGUGCGAAGAACUGCAGAUUCCUGCAGGUGCAUUGAUAUGUUUCCCCUCCUUUUACAGGCCAUUCAAUUUUGUGAUCACACAAAUAGAGCAGCAUGACUUGGAACUGUUCAAAGCUGCAUGCACGUUUUGUAAAAAGAGAUGAAAAAGGUUAUUUAAUAAUGUAUGUUAGUUCCACAUAGGCCAGCUUGUAUGUUGCAUGUACUUGUACAGUUUGCUCGUAAUUACUAUACUGAAGUAACCAAGAAAUCUAAGCCAUCCAUUUUUCUUAUAGACAUUUUGCAGGUUUUAGCCAGGCUAGGUCUGUGGGUCUGGUGCUAAAUGUCUAUAGAUGGACUUUAUUUUUUACCCUAUGGAAAACGUGAUGUAGUACGGACCAAAUUCCUUCUAAUAACUAUUUUGGUGUAGAUUCCUACUGUGGGGCUGUAACACAUGUAGAAACUGUGUACACACUAGGUUUUAAUUCAUAGACAUACUGCCUGCACCAAGUGAACUAUUUAUUAUUACUCAACACAUGGGAAUUAUUCUGCCCAUCUUUCCAUAGGGCACAGAUUGGUUACUGCUCGACCUGCUGAGCAGGAAGAACUCAAGCAUUGGUGCACUACUACUAGAUCCUGUUCUGUCUUAGUGGCCAAAAACCAACUAGCUAUAAUUCGAUAGUAUCUUUCUAUUUUGACCACUUGUCUUAACACUCCCCUGUGCUUUUAAAUGAACUUCCAACUCAUGUUAUGUAAACAUGUUUAAUAAAAUUUCCUUUUCAUGUCCAGUGUAGUAGUUGUGCUCUCUGUAUGUUCUGAGGUUCAUCUGUGAUUCUGCUUGCUGCAGGACUGUGUGAUAUGUGUUAAGGAACAGUAAAAUAAGUAAUUUCUAUGGUUCUUUUGAUUGCUGUAAUAGUGUAUGUUGAAAUCUGGGGCCAAAAACUGAGGCCUGGUGAAAGUCAUGUUUGGUUGGCUUCCUUUUCCCUGAGAAAGCAGCCAAAUUGUGCUCUCAUUUGUUGAAGCAGGCAAAUUGAAGUUUAAAAAAAAAAAAAUAGUCAAAUUAUUAUCUGUUGAAAUCAAAUCAGAUUGUUGGAGAGGAAUGAUUCUGUGGCUGCUUGCACUGUAGGGCAGUGGGGUGAUACAAGUCAGGCACCAGGGCUUCACUUGGUGUGUACUGAGCCUUUAAGAAAUGAGAACAACUACUGACCUUUGGCACUUUUCAAAUCCAUGAACAUGCCCUUGUAUUGUGAUGCUGUUAUGAACAAUGCUUUGUAUAAAUUUACCUGAGAGCAGAAUUUGGCACUGAAAUUUUGCUAGAGAAGCAAAGAUUAUGUACUUUUUUUAUUUUUUUUUUUUUUUAGUUUUCCAUGUCCCACAAAUAUCUGAUCACAAUUUAAAAAUAACAUAAAGACAGUAUUGCCUCACUUUGAACACUUUUGUUUAUUACUUUAUUUAACUGAAAACAUGGUUAAGAUACUGAAAAAAUGACUAAUUAAACAUGGUAAAUCUCU